UCUGACUCCAAAUUUACAACUUCAUUUUACAUUUACGCAUAUCUAUCUUUGCAUGGCAAUAUAGUGGAAAAAAAACAUUUUAACCUUAUCUAUUUGCUUUCCUAGCAUUUUUCUUUACUUCAUUUUUAAACUAUUUUACUUUGCUAGCUUGCUGCCCCAAACAAACAAGAAAAGGUUGCUAGCUCAUUAUGCGCCUCUUUCGCAAAUCCAAGGCUGCGCAAGAUCUGACAUGCCCGACGCCAGUACUUAGUGGCGAGUCUGCGCAACAACAACGACCACCGUCACCCUCCCCCUUGGCACAAGCACCGCCUCCCGCCCUGCAGCUUAAUUUAGACUUGCCUGCGCUGACUCAGAGCACUCUGGGCCUUAACGCAUCAAUCCUGAAUGACAAUAACAGCAGCGUCCAGGGAUUGGGCCAGGCUCUCCCACACCAAGGCACCACCACCACGAACUAUGGCGUCCACUCAGUGCCUCCGCCGACAAUGCCGAAUCCCAGUAAUGGAAACAUUGUCCCUGCUCCCGCCGCCGCUGCAAACAACGGCAACAUGUCGGAUUUUUUCGGCUCGUAUGAUUUUGACUACAACACGUUUCAAUUUGGUGAGGAGCCUGUGGACACGCCCUACCAGGAUCCAAAAACAGUUGUGAAUAACCAGUUAGUGGAGCAGUUUGGCCGCAACCAAGCAGCACUUGCGGCAGCAUAUGCCUCGGCUCCGGCGCAGCCUCCAGUUACAGGUGGAGUGCCGCCCAGAAUGCAAUCACAGCUACAAACCCAGCAGCCGAAGCAGCAGCAGCAGCUAAAGCAGCAUGUGGCUGUUCCAGUCGCGGUGACUACAUUCUCUGCUACCCAGGCCGUGCAAAUGGCCCAGCAGGCUCAACAAGCCCACCAAGUGUACCGCGCUCACCAGAUGAACCGCCUGCCAACUCAGCCUGCAACAUCGAUGGUGGAUGCUCAGAGCUCAAAGGAGGGCAGUGCGGCGUCAAGCGAUGAUGAGGAUAACAUGCCAGUGCUCAAGAGCACGCUGGCCUCGGCUGAUGCUGAAAAAAAGUUGUCAGACCGCGCAAUGCAUAUCCAGAAAGUGCGCGAGGCCAGCGCAAUGGGAAAGUUUGCAGCCUUCAACAGAGCUGUUAGCGCGCCACCGAACAACGACAGCGACGAUGAUUCUAUGCCGCUGGGAGGGCUCAGGCAGGCUACUGUCAUUAAUUCCAAUUAUCCGGCGAGCGUUGUCAACGGCUCUGCCAUGCAGCCAGGAGGCGGGGGAGAAAGCAUGACUUCACAUCAAGCAUUAUCGAUGUUCUCGGGCAGCUUGCCAAAUGGUCCAAUUCAAUACGGCAAUAUUCCCCAGGAUGGCAUCCCCAAUAUGGCCAGGCAGCAAAUGCCGCCGCAUAUGGCUGUUCCUAUGCAAGAGAUGGGUGCAUUCAACGCGCAGCAGCAGUUCCAGCAACAUCUCCACCAGUUUCAUCCUGGACCAAUGCCGUCGCCGAAUGCCAACAUGCAGGGUCUGCCACCAAGACCCCAGUCGGGCGGAGGACAUGUUCAUAUGAAGGGUCAGUUUCCCGGAGGACCGAUGAUGAUGCAGCAACAGCCGCAGCAGCAGCAGCAGAUGGGAUAUAUGCCUCGCAGCAACAUGACUGGGUUUCCAAUGACUGCAGGAGGUCCCAGGUCUGCUGCUGGCGGGAACCCAAUCGCCAAUAUUGGUAGUGCCAGUGUUACAUACGGCAACAUUGGUCUCCAUAGGGCAAACAUGAUGCCAGAGCCCGGAAAGCUCGCGUACACGCCGUCGCCACUGGGCCAGCAACCGCCGGUCUUUAACCAUCAGCACCCGAUGGGCACCAAUGGCCAGAUGAUGUCUGUAGACAUGCGUAUGCCCCAGUUCCUGCAUCCAAUGAUGGGCCAGAUGCCGAUGCACCCAGCGCAUUCGGCCAUGUACGUACCAAAAGUGUUGCCGCUUCAGCAACAGCAGCAACCAAUGCAGCAACAGCUGCCACUUCAGCCACAGCCACAACAAGCAAUGACACAGUUUGCACCGCAUUCGGCACAUAACGUGGCUAACAAUGGGCAGCAGGGCGCCCUGAUGAGCUUUAUUCCGUCACAAGGUGCCUUCAAAGGGUCGAUCAGCAAGAACCCGCUGAUGCGUGAUAUCAACAAGAUCAAGGAGUUUUCGGCCAAGGACUACAACUCCCGCCCGACGCUUUUGGCCGAGGCCGAUACUCGCCGCCUGGCCAUGAAGAACAUUCCGGGUCUUGGCGGAAGCACGUGCCACAGCUUUCAGCCCAAAGCUCCGUCGCCUCAGCUGCAACCCGCGGCAAUCUAUCAGCACCAGCCGCCGCAGCCGCCGCAGCCGCAGCAGGGCGAUCAGCCUCAUCGCUACAACCGCGAUCAUGCUGAGUACCAGGAGCACGCUCGCGGGCCGCAUCGAUUUGAUCUGCCGUACCACCGCUCGUCAUCGUGCCAAAACCUUGAGACAGCCAAUUACGAGUGCUCGUCAGUAUACUCUGGAGCCAGCAACGGCAGGAACUACACCAGUUCAAAGAGUAUCCGUAAUCCAACAAAGCAGAAGCAGCAGAAUUACUAUCCCCAGAAGCAGCAGGAACAGCAGAAAUCGCGCGGUCGCUAUGACCGCGCAGAAAGCUUCCACAACAGUGAGUAUGAGGACAGGCACUCUGUUCGCGAAGCCGCCACGCUCCUCCCGCGGCCGCCCCGCACAGAUGGAAGACGUCGUCAGGGACACCCGGAAGAGCGCCACUACGAGUACUACGAGUACAACGAGUACUCGGACGAGUACCUUAGCGACGGGUUCAAUGAGUGGGACGAAGAUGAGUACGACCGCCACAACAACUCAGAGGGUGCGGGCCGGCUCAGGCGCCGUGCAGCGCAGCGCAGAAAUCGUGGUGACAUGCGCAGUGACUACGGCCAAGACUAUGGUCAGGACUACGGCAGAAGCAACGGGGCGCGAAAUGGCCCGAGACGUGACGUAAAGGGCGGCACAAUUCGAGAUAUGCGCCAGAUUUUCAGAAUACCUGUACACCUGGACGACCCGCGCGAUAGCAUCGACAUGCUCCCGCGGGUCAUUCACAGGGAGGGCCGGCGCAGCAUCAGCACAGAGUCAGAGGCCUCAGAGGGCUCGAGACACGGCAUGCCACGCUCGCAAUUUGGACGCAUGCUGGCCAACAUCAAGCGGCGCGUGACUAUUAGCAGCACUUCGUCGAUCAAUGCUCCGGCUGAUAUCGAUGGCAAGCCAAUUGAUUCUCUUCCGCAGAAGACCAAUAUCGGUGCUGGAAGCGAGCCGGUGGCAACAGUGCCGGAGCAUGAAGGCUAUAGUACCAACGAUGUUGCGGAAGAGGCAUGUGUAUCUCACUCGGGUGUCGCUUCGGCGACGGCCACACCUACUACUGCGCCUGUAGCCGUGGCAUAAACAAACAAAAAGU